UUUCCAUCCUAUAGAGAUCAUAGUUUGAACGGCGCUGAAAAUUUGGAGUUGCCAAGGACUUUCAAGUGCUUUCAAGGUAUUGUUAAAAUAGAAUUUAGGAAAUAAAAAAUAAUAUUCGAAAUGGCUACUCGAUCCAUGGUUAAAUAUUUACGUGCAAAAAGUGUUGUAUCGCAAAUCCAUAGAUGUGCUUCGUUAUCUGCCUUUGAAAUACAACAUAAAACUCCAACAAUUAAAAAAGUAAUGCCCAUACCAAAAGCUCAUUAUGGUGGACGGCAUACAGUUACUUUAUUACCUGGUGCUGGAAUUGGUCCAGAAUUAAUGAUCUAUGUAAAGGAGGUUUUUAGUUAUGCAGGUGUACCAGUAGAUUUUGAAGAUGUAGACAUUGAUCCUAAUGCAGAUGAUAAUGUUGAUUUAGAUUAUGCUAUCACAUCGAUUCGUAGAAAUGGUGUGGCAUUAAAAGGAAACAUUGAAACUCGUAGUACAGAAGCUGGUGUGUUAUCUAGGAAUGUUGCUCUUAGGAAUCAGUUGGAUCUUUAUGUAAACGUUUUGCAUUGUGUAUCAUAUCCAGGAGUAAAUUCACGUCACAAGAAUAUUGAUAUUGUUAUUGUAAGGCAAAAUACAGAAGGAGAAUAUGCUAUGUUAGAACAUGAAAGCGUAAAAGGUGUUGUAGAAAGCAUGAAAGUUAUUACAAGCACAAACUCUGAACGUCUUGCAAGAUAUGCAUUUGAAUAUGCUAAAAGAAAUGGAAGAAAAAAGAUUACUACAGUUCAUAAGGCAAAUAUAAUGAAGCUCUCUGAUGGAUUGUUUUUAGAAACAUCUAGAAAAGUUGCAAAGGAUUAUCCAGAAAUUACACUCAAUGAUAUGAUUAUUGAUAACACCUGUAUGCAGUUAGUUUCUAAUCCACACCAGUUUGAUAUUGUGUUAACAACUAACUUGUAUGGAGCAAUUGUAUCAAAUGUAGUAUGUGGAUUGUUAGGUGGUGCUGGAUUAUUAGCAGGUAAAAAUUUCGGGGAUCAUUAUACAGUGUUUGAGCCAGGUACUCGUAAUACUGGUACAGGUAUUGCCGGAAAAAAUAUUGCUAAUCCUAUUGCAAUGUUAAAUGCUGCCGUUGAUAUGUUACGUCAUCUUGGACAUAAGCAUCAUGCUAUUUUAAUUCAAAAUGCAAUUAAUAAAACUAUCAAUCAAGGUAUUCACACCCGCGAUCUUGGUGGACAAGCUACAAGCCGGGAAGUUGUUGAUUCCAUCAUGAAACAUAUUAAAAUAGCAUCUACUUAAGACUGACGUAAUAUAUUUUGUUGUGUAAUAUCUGUAGAAACAUCUACAUACUCGUGCACAUAUGUAUAUUAUAGAACUCCACUUUUUAAAAAUAAUAUUCAGUUAUUUGUUGAAAUAUUACAUCGUUGUACUUGAUGGUCAUGAUUAUAUUUUUCAAUUUAAAGAAAUUCUAUAAAAUUGCUUAAACUGCACAAAAUUAUAUUAAAUAUGACGAAUUUGAUUUCUUUAAUAUAUUAUUUUUAUUUAAUAUAACGACACUAUAUACCGAGUUACCAAAAUUUAAAUUUUCUGAAAUAUACAUUGUAAGCAUUGAAAUUAAUGUAGAUAAUUGAUUAAAUGUAGUAACUAUCUUUACGGGACGAAUUUGAGAUGUAAAGUGUUACUUUACUUUCAUCUCAGAAAUAUCUUCUUGUAUUAUACCAUAUACAUAUUUAUAUAUAACUAUAUUUAUUGAAACUGUAUAAGUAGAAACUCUCCAAACUUGACAACAAAUUAUGCUAAAAUAUAGUAAUGAAUUUAAUGUAUUUUAUUAUUAAAUUCUCUAAUCUUGAACUUGAAACAGCUGAAACAAUGCGAAGAAUUUAAGUAAUCAUUAUUUAAUACUAUUAACAAUAUUGUAUUAGACAUAAAGAAAAUUAAAACUUUAUUCUAUAAAAACUGA